AUGUGCUGCUCCCCUUGCUGCUGUCAGACCACCUGCUGCAGGACCACCUGUUGCCAACCCAGCUGCUGCUGCCGCCCUUGUUGCGUGCCCAGCUGCUGCCGGCCCUGCUGCUGCUGCCGCCCAUGCUGCGUGUCCAGCUGCUGCCGGCCCUGCUGCUGCUGCCGCCCAUGCUGCGUGUCCAGCUGCUGCCGGCCCUGCUGCUGUAGCACUCCCUGCUGCCAACCCAGCUGCUGCGGGUCCAGCUGUGGCGGGUCCUGCUGCUGCCAGCCCUGCUGCUGCUGCCGCCCAUGCUGUGUGUCCAGCUGUUGCCAGCCCUGCUGCCGCCCAUGCUGUGUGUCCAUCUGUUGCCAGCCCUGCUGCCGCCCAUGCUGCGUGUCUAGCUGUUGCCGGCCCUGUUGCUGCUGCCGCCCAUGCUGUGUGUCCAGCUGCUGCCGGCCCUGCUGCUGCUGCCGCCCAUGCUGUGUGUCCAGCUGCUGCCAGCCCUGCUGCCGCCCAUGCUGCGUGUCCAGCUGCUGCUAG